AUGUCACCCAUACGUUUUUUGGAGAAAUGUAUUCUUAUCAUUGUGCUGUGGGGUCUUUGCAGUUUGAUAUCUCUAGAGGGUUUGCCAGUAAGCAAGAGGUCAAUCAGUGAAGUUCAGCUCAUGCACAAUGUUCGUGAGCACAAGCAGGUGUUAAACAGACAAGAUUGGCUUCAGCUGAAACUCAACAACAUUCUCAUACCCACAAUGAACGACUCCCAAAAGGAGCAAAAAGGAAAAGAUGACGGCUCAUCCAUCAGACGUUUAAGAAAGGGGGAGAGUGCCUCUUGGAUCUGA